AUGGCAGACAACGGGGCCCGCCAACUCACACAAGCCGAGCUUAUGACCCAGAUGGCUGAGCUCCAAGCAGAGGUCAAACGGCUAGCCGAACUGACGCAACAAAAUCAAGCCAACAAACGGGACGAAAGCAAUCCCAAAAGCUCAACCGUGGCCGGGACUGAUCUAUUGAUUACCAACCCCCCGAAAGAGAGACUAACGUUGGACAACCCGUUUUCCGAAGAGAUUACCAACUACCAAAUGCCAAAACAUUUUACACUACCUUCCUCGCUCGAGCCAUAUAAGGGGAUUGGUGACCCCCGGGCUCACAUUAAGAAAUUCCAGUCUAUGAUGUUCUUUAACGGACCUAAAAACGAACCUAUUCUUUGCAGGGCUUUUCCGACCUACCUCGACGGCGCGACACUCCUCUGGUUCUCAAAGCUGCCGGAAGGAUCGAUCUCCUCUUUUGAAGAAUUGGCGAGAUCCUUCAUAGACUAUUUUGCUGCCGCCCGCAUCUACGUGCACGGAUCAGACUACCUCGGCACCAUCCGCCAAGGUCCACAAGAAAGCUUGAAGGACUACCUAACCAGAUUCGCGGACGCAAUAAUGGAAAUACCUGACCUAGAUCCUGCUGUUCAUCUCCAUGCCAUAAAGGCCGGCCUCAAACCAGGGAAGUUCAGAGAAACAAUUGCUGUUACGAAGCCGAAGACCUUGGAGGAAUUCCGAGAAAGGGCCGCGGGCCAGAUGGAAAUUGAAGAACUCCGGGAGGCCGAGAACAAGGAUAGAAGGCAACCACGAAAAGAAGAAAACCGACCAAUCAAAACGGGGGACGAUAGAGGCGUCAGGAAAAUGUUUAAACUCACACCGAAGUUUGACAACUACACCAGAUUCAACACCAAAAGAGAAAGGAUCAUAAAGGAGAUACUCAACGCCAAAAUCAUCAAACCCCCUGUCAGAGCCGGAAGUUACCAAGACCAACGGUUCGUGGACAGAACCAAACAUUGCGCCUUCCACCAGAAAUACGGCCAUACCACCGAUGAGUGCAUCAUAGCCAAGGAUUUGCUGGAAAGACUAGCCCGACAAGGACUCCUGGACAAAUACAUUGAGGGUACAAGACAUAAAGGAGCGAAAACGAACUCGGAUGAGCAACAAACUUCGAGAAACAAGGAAAGCGACAAGUGGCAAAAUAACAACCCCCCAAAAGGAAUCAUCAACUGCAUAUCAGGAGGUUUCGCAUGUGGCGGAGAAACAGCGUCGGCACGGAAAAGAAGCUACCGCACCAUGCUGGCAAUCGAACAAACAACCCCACAGAGCCAUACAGAAGUCGACAACCUCGAAAUCAUCUUCAAUCAAUCAGACGUGAACUUGGCCGUACCAAACACAGACGACCCCGUGGUAAUUUCCAUCCAAACAGGAGAUCUAUUGGUAAGAAAAGUCCUUCUGGACCCAGGGAGUAGUGCAGACGUUCUUUUCUAUUCUACCUUUUCAAAAAUGAACUUAUCUGAAAAACUAAUACAACCUUCAUCCGGAGAACUCGUGGGAUUCUCCGGAGGAAGGGUACCAAUUAAAGGAUACAUAUGGUUAAAAACGACGAUGGGUCAGCACCCACUAUCCAGAACAUUCGAUAUACAGUAUCUGAUAGUGGACUGCAGCAGCCCUUACAAUAUUAUUCUCGGGAGACCAGCUCUGAACAUGUUCAGAGCGGUAAUAUCAACCUUUCAUCUGUGUGUUAAGUUUCAGGCACAGGACGGCAGGGUAGCAACGAUUCAUUCAGAUCGCCAACAAGCUCGGCAGUGUUACAACUCUAGCCUAAAAAGGUCGGAGACGAAACAAAGGCGGCACGAAGUCAAAACGGUACAAACUCGGAAGGAGGCCCUAUCCCACGCCGAACUCGAUCCCCGAAAACACACACAAGAAAGACCUCAACCGACAGAUGAGCUUCAGAAAAUCCAACUGACAUCAAAGUCAGAACAGGUAACAUACAUUGGUCAAGCGCUACAGGAACAAGAAAGGUCGGACCUCAUAAAACUGCUACGAAACAACUCUGACCUAUUCGCCUGGACUCCAGCAGACAUGCCAGGAAUAAGUUCCGAUGUCAUUUGCCAUAAACUCGCCAUUAACCCAACAAGCCGACCUAUAGCCCAGAGGAAAAGGAAGCUAGGAGCAGAGAAAUCCAAGGCAGCCCUGGAAGAAACAGAUAAGCUCCUUCAGGCCAAUUUCAUCAGAGAAAUCCGCUUCACCACGUGGCUCUCAAACGUGGUAAUGGUAAGAAAAAGCUCAGGUAAAUGGCGCAUGUGCGUCGACUUUACAGAUUUAAACAAAGCAUGUCCUAAAGAUGCCUACCCCUUACCCUGCAUUGACAAGCUCGUAGACAACGCAUCAGGCUUCAAAAGCCUGAGCUUUAUGGAUGCCUACUCUGGGUAUAAUCAAAUACUCAUGCAUCCCGGAGACCAAAGCAAAACAGCAUUCAUCACAGAACAUGGAAACUUUUGUUAUCGAGUAAUGCCUUUUGGCUUGAAGAAUGCAGGUGCAACCUAUCAGCGCUUAAUGGACAAAGUCUUCCACCAUCAGAUAGGGCGCAACAUGGAAAUCUAUGUGGAUGACAUGGUCGCCAAAACCACAGAGGGAAUGUCACACUGUGAAGACCUCAACGAGAUAUUCAGACAAAUCCGGGCAUAUAAUAUGAGACUGAACCCGGAAAAGUGCGCUUUUGGAGUAAGAGGAGGAAAAUUCCUCGGAUUCAUGCUUACCUCGCGAGGUAUCGAGGCAAAUCCCGAGAAGUGCUCGGCGGUACUCAAUAUGUCAAGCCCUACAACAAUAAAACAAGCGCAACAAUUAGCAGGAAGAAUAGCAGCAUUAUCUCGGUUCAUACCCGCAGCAUCAAACAAAGCAUAUCACCUUUUUCAAACAAUAUCGAAGAACAAAAAAUUCCAUUGGACAGAAGAAGCCGAGAAAGCUUUUUCCGAGCUUAAGACAAUUCUAUCAUCACCUCCAGUGCUGCAAAAGCCAGAAAUCGGUAAACCUUUAUAUUUAUAUUUAUCUGUUUCAAAUUUUUCUAUAAGUUCGGCUCUUGUAAUCGAAGCAGGAAAGAUACAACGACCAGUGUACUUCGUCAGUAGAGUCAUGCAACCAACGGAACAACGAUACCCGAAGAUAGAACAACUCGCCCUGGCACUGAUAACCACGGCAAGACGGUUAAGACACUAUUUCCAGAGCCAUACAAUCAUAGUAAGGACAAACCAACCAUUAAGGCAGAUACUGACAAAGCCAGAGCUGGCCGGACGCUUCACCAGAUGGUCCAUCGAACUUUCAGAAUUCGACGUCCAGUUCCAACCAAGGUCGGCACUAAAAUCACAAAUGAUGGCUGACUUUAUCUCGGAAAUGACAACUAAAACACAAGACAAGUCUUGGGAACUACAUGUGGACGGAGCAUCAAGCCGAGAAGGGAGUGGGGCAGGAAUAAUCCUCAAAGAAGGAGAUGAGGUGAUAGCCGAACAAGCACUCCAAUUCCACUUCCCAGCAAGCAACAAUCAGGCCGAAUAUGAAGCCCUCAUCGCAGGACUCAAGCUCGCCCUCAACUCCCAAGUACAGAGCCUGACCACAUAUUGUGACUCUCUCCUCGUAGUCCAACAAAUCCGAGGAGAAUUCCAGGUAAAAGAUCCGCUGCUCGAGCAAUACUGGCUCCUAGCAAAGGAUCUCAUUUCAAAAUUUAAUUCAUUUAACAUACUGCAUGUUAAAAGAGAACAAAACGUAAGAGCAGAUAUACUAUCCAAACUCGCAGCUACAAGAGCAAACACACAAACAUCUGCAUUAACACAACUCUCACUUGAAAAACCAAGCACCGAGCUAUUACAUGUGAUAAAUGUUAACCACCUCCACGAUUGGAGAACCCCUUUUCUUGAAUAUAUUAGUACAGGUGCCAUACCGAGACAGGAGCUCAAACCACAACAUUUCAGGCAAAAAGCCAGUCUUUACACGAGCAUAGGUGGAAAACUCUAUAGACGAGGAUUCUCACAACCACUGCUAAGAUGCCUAAACGACGAUGAAGCAAAAGAAGUAAUGAACGAGGUCCACGAGGGAGUCUGCGGAAACCACAUCGGAGGACGAGCACUAGCAGCUAAGAUUGUCCGAACAGGGUAUUACUGGCCGACCUUAAAGAGGGACUGUAUCACAAAGGUCAAAGCGUGUGAGAACUGUCAGAAACAUGCAGCUAUAUCUACCAGGCCAGCCGAGCUAUUACACACCAUGGAGGUAAGCUGGCCAUUCCAUAGAUGGGGGCUCGACAUACUCGGCCCAUUUCCAACAGCACCAGGACAGGUAAAAUUUCUUUUAGUAGCAGUAGACUAUUUCUCAAAAUGGAUAGAAGCACAACCAUUAGCCAGGAUAACCGCCGAAAAGGUACGAUCAUUCAUAUGGAAAAGCAUUAUUUGCCGAUUUGGAAUUCCUAGGGAAAUCAUAUCUGACAACGGUAGACAAUUCACAGACAAUAAGCUCCGCUCAUUUUUAAGAAAUUUUAAUAUAAAACAUCACUUUAGCUCGGUCGAACACCCACAGACUAAUGGGCAGGCCGAGGCUGCUAACAGAGUUAUAUUGCAGGCAUUAAAGAAAAAGCUAAGCGAUGCCAAGGGAGAAUGGGCGGAACUAAUCCCGGAAGUGUUAUGGAGCUACAAUACAACAAUUCAAACCACAACGGGAGAAACACCGUUUAAGCUCGUCUAUGGGUCCGAGGCACUGAUCCCCAUUGAGAUCGGCAUCCCCACCCUAAGAGCCGACCUAUACGACGAGCAACACAACCUGCACGCACGCAGCGCCGAGCUUGACCUAGCCGAGGAAACCCGGGAGCUAGCAGCCAUAAGGCAAAGAGCGGCGAAGCAAAUAGCAGAAAAGAAACAUAACAAAGGAGUCUCGCCUAGAACAUUCACAAUAGGAGACUUGGUGCUCAGAAAAACGGAAGAGGCCAGACGUCCCCCAACGCAUGGGAAGCUCGCCGCCAACUGGGAAGGUCCGUUUCGAGUUAUAAAGGUACUCGGCAUGUGGGCUUAUCAAUUGCAAACACUACAAGGCAACCCAAUUGCCGGGACCUGGAACAUUUCCUCCUUGAAAAUGUACCAAUCUUGA